GGCUAUGACCAAAUUUAAAAUUUUCACUUUACACAAAUCUCCCAGUAGAGAUUUUCAGUUCUCCUAUUGUUCCUCAGCCACUUCUCCCUUGGCUUUGAAAUCUCUGCGGCAACGACCCGAAGAGCCGCAACAAAGCUCCAUUGCGCUCCCACAAACACAUAAUACAGAAUCUCUCUGUUUUGACCCCAGAUCCUUUGUUUCUUCUCUGGUCCAAUGCCAAAGCCACUUCCAGAUUAAAAAAGUUCACGCCUUGGCAAUCACCACGGCCAUGAUAGAAAACUUGGGUGUAAUCAACAAGCUUAUCUACAUCUAUGCGCAGCACAAGGCAAUGGCCGACGCGUACUUCCUUUUCUUCCGGAUGAAAGAGCGAGAUAAUGUCUCUUGGAGUGUCAUUAUCGGUGGGUUCUCAAAGGUGGGAGAUAAUUACAAUUGCUUGAAAACUUUCAAGGAGUUUCUCCUCUCUGGUUUGCCGAUGGAUAAUUACACUCUUCCCUUUGCUUUGAGAGCUUGCAGGGAUACAUUAUCUCCGAACACAGGUAAGGAGAUUCAUCUUCUUGUUUACAAAUUUGGAUUACAGUGUGAUGUUUUCAUUUCUGCGGCUAUUGUCGACAUGUAUUCCAAGUGCGGGCACGUAGAAGAUGCCCGCAAGGUGUUCGAUAAGAUGCCUAAGAGGGAUCUUGUGACUUGGACGGUCAUGAUUUCCUGUUAUGCUGAGUGUGGAAGUCCUGAGGAAUCGAUGGCAUUGUUUGAUAGGAUGAAAGAUAAUGGCAUUGUACCUGAUAAGGUCUCCAUGGUGACUGUUGUGUUCGCCUGCGCGAAACUUGGGGCAAUGCAUAAAGCUAAGAUGAUUCGUGAUUAUAUAUGGAGAAGAAAGUUUUCAUUAGACGUUAUUCUUGGUACUGCGAUGAUCGAUAUGUAUGCUAAAUGUGGGAGUGUUGAUGCGGCGAGGGAGAUCUUUGAUCAAAUGAAAGAAAAGAAUGUGAUUUCAUGGAGUUCAAUGAUUUCAGCCUAUGGUGUCCAUGGGCGUGGCAGGGAAGCUCUUCAGCUCUUUCCUCAAAUGCUCCAGAGUGGGAUUCGGCCAAAUCGGAUUACUUUUGUUUCCAUUUUGUCAGCCUGCAGUCAUUCAGGCUUGAUAGAAGAGGGGAGACAGUUUUUCAAUUCAAUGGAGAGGGAUUAUUUUGUAGAAUCUGAUGUGAAGCAUUAUACUUGCAUGGUAGACCUUCUUGGCCGUGCAGGAAGACUUGAUGAGGUGCUUGAAUUGACGGAGCGGAUGAAAGUUGAUAAAGAUGAGGGGUUUUGGGGUGCCAUUUUAGGGGCUUGUAGAAUCCAUGGACACAUAGGAUUGGCUGAGAAGGCAGCAAAAAACCUUCUUGAGUUAGGUCCAAGAAAUUCAGGAUACUAUGUUUUGCUCUCAAAUAUAUAUGCAAAUGCAGGUAAAUGGGAAGAGGUGGCCAAGGUAAGGCAGAUGAUGACUGGGAGGGGAGUGAAAAAGACUCCUGGAUGGACAUGGAUUGAGAUUAAUAAUAAGCUAUAUCAGUUUAUAGUGGGGGACAAAUCUCAUCCGCAGUUCAAGGAAAUAUAUGAAAUGCUGAAGCUAUUAGUUGAAAGGUUGGAGCUUGCUGGCUAUGUUCCGGAUACAAAUUUUGUGCUGCAUGAUAUAGAUGAGGAACUUAAAGCGGAGUUUUUGUAUACCCAUAGUGAGAAGCUGGCAAUUGCAUUUGCUCUUAUUGCAACUGCCGAGGAUUCUGCCAUCAGGAUGACCAAGAACCUAAGGAUAUGUGGGGAUUGCCACACUUUUAUUAAGAUGGUCAGCAAUAUCGUACAGAGAAAUAUUGUUGUUCGAGAUUCAAUUCGCUUCCACCAUUUUUCUAAUGGGUCCUGUUCUUGUGGUGAUUACUGGUGACUUAAAAAACCUGUACAGAAAGGUGAAAGGACUGUAUACAGGUGCAGCACCUUCGUCAAUUGGGAUGACAUUUGAGAGCUUCCUUCUUAUUGGCAUUUACUCUCAAACUAAGUAGCGAAUCCCAAUGCAGUUACCCAUAGCUCCAGGCGAUUAUGUGCUGGUGCUUAUUUGGGGGCAAUAAUCAGGUUGAUACUCUGCUCUAUGGAGCUGGUAAAGGUAUGCUACACAUUUCCCAAUUAAGUUCCUUUCUCCAACGCCAAUAAAACUUCAAUCUUUUUCACUUUUUCACAUGUAAAGUUAAGAUAUUUCCAGUGAUGAGCCGGCUUGGCAAAAUCUAGGUCCCUAAUUCGAAUUUCUUGGCAAGCAGUGAAAGACUUAAAUGUUGGUCUGUAUAAAUUGGUGUGGGUUGCAUGUUAAGUCGACCGGGGUUUUCACUGGCCUAUGGGCAGUUGCUUGCUCAUUAAAAAAAAAAACAAGAUAU